AUGACACUCAAGGAGGAGUUCGCUACUAGAAAUUUCAGCAUCUAUGGACAAUGGCUUGGCAUCCUGUCCAUGAUCCUGUGUUUUGCGCUGGGUAUUGCCAACAUCUUUACGUUCCGAGUUGUCACCAUUAUCUUCAGUGUCAUAUGCCUCCUCUCCUCGUUUGUCAUCCUCUUUAUCGAGGUUCCGCUUCUGAUGCGCAUCUGCCCAACAUCGUCGACCUUUGAUUCCGCUAUUCGCCGUAUCUCGACAAACUACAUGCGCGCAGCCGCCUACGGAGCUAUGGCGGCGAUCCAGUGGGUGAGCAUAGUUGGUGGCAGUUCUAGCUUGAUUGCCGCUGCUGUGUUCCUUACCAUCACGGCCUUGUGCUACGUCCUGGCCGCCGUGAAGGGCCAGGACUUUGUUGGCAGCAAGACGCUGGGUGGUGCCGGUGUGGCACAGAUGAUCGUAUGA